AUGCCGAGCGGCAGCUCCGCGGCCCUGGCCCUGGCGGCGGCCCCGGCCCCCCUGCCGCAGCCGCCCCCGCCGCCGCCGCCGCCGCCGCUGCCACCGCCCGCGGGUGGCCCGGAGCUCGAGGGGGACGGGCUCCUGCUGAGGGAGCGCCUGGCCGCGCUAGGCCUCGACGACCCCAGCCCGGCGGAGCCUGGCGCCCCGGCGCUCCGGGCCGCGGCGGCGCAGGGCCAGGCCCGGCGGGCGGCAGGGCUGUCUCCGGAGGAGCGGGCUCCUCCUGGCCGGCCCGGGGUCUCGGAGGCGGCCGAGCUGGAGCUGGAGGAGGACGAGGAGGAGGGGGAGGAAACGGAGCUGGACGGAGACCUGCUGGAGGAGGAGGAGCUGGAGGAGGCAGAGGAGGAGGACCGGCCGUCUCUGCUGCUGCUGUCGCCGCCAGCGGCCGCCGCCUCUCAGACCCAGCCGACCCCGGGCGGGUCCCUGGGGUCGGUCCUGCUGCCCGCCGCCGGCUUCGAUGCCCGGGAGGCGGCCGCGGCGGCGGGGGUGCUCUACGGAGGGGACGAUGCCCAGGGCAUGAUGGCGGCGAUGCUGUCCCACGCCUACGGCCCAGGCGGCUGCGGGGCGGCGGCGGCCGCCCUGAACGGGGAGCAGGCGGCCUUGCUCCGGAGGAAGAGAGUCAACACCACCGAGUGCGUCCCGGUGCCCAGCUCCGAGCAUGUCGCCGAGAUUGUCGGUCGCCAGGGUUGUAAAAUUAAAGCGCUGAGAGCCAAGACAAACACGUAUAUCAAGACACCUGUUCGUGGUGAAGAGCCCAUUUUUGUUGUCACUGGACGGAAAGAAGAUGUUGCCAUGGCCAAAAGAGAAAUCCUCUCAGCUGCAGAGCACUUCUCCAUGAUUCGUGCAUCUCGAAACAAAAAUGGCCCUGCCCUGGGAGGGUUGUCGUGCAGUCCUAAUCUGCCUGGUCAGACCACCGUUCAAGUCAGGGUCCCCUAUCGUGUGGUAGGAUUAGUUGUUGGACCCAAAGGAGCAACAAUUAAAAGAAUUCAGCAGCAGACCCACACAUACAUAGUAACUCCAAGCAGAGAUAAGGAGCCGGUCUUUGAAGUGACAGGGAUGCCCGAGAAUGUUGACCGAGCACGAGAAGAAAUAGAAAUGCAUAUUGCCAUGCGUACAGGAAACUACAUUGAGCUCAAUGAAGAGAAUGAUUUCCAUUACAACGGUACUGAUGUAAGCUUUGAAGCUGGCGCGCUCGGCUCUGCGUGGCUCUCCUCCAGUGCAGUUCCUCCUAGCCGCGCCAGAAUGGUCUCCAGUUAUCGAAAUGAUAGUUCCAGCUCUCUGGGAAGUGGUUCCACAGAUUCCUACUUUGGAAGCAAUAGGCUGGCAGACUUUAGUCCAACAAGCCCUUUUAGCACAGGAAACUUUUGGUUUGGAGAUACACUACCUUCUGUAGGCUCAGAAGAUCUUGCGGUUGAUUCUCCUGCCUUUGACUCUUUACCAACAUCCGCUCAAACUAUCUGGACUCCGUUUGAACCAGUUAACCCGCUCUCUGGCUUUGGGAGUGAUCCUCCUGCUAACAUGAAGACUCAGCGCAGAGGAAGUCAGCCGUCUACUCCUCGUCUGUCUCCUACAUUUCCGGAGAGCAUUGAACACCCACUUGCUCGGAGGGUUAGGAGCGACCCACCUAGUACAGGCAGCCAUGUUGGCCUUCCAAUAUACAUCCCUGCUUUUUCUAAUGGUACCAAUAGUUACUCCUCUUCCAAUGGUGGUUCCACCUCUAGCUCACCGCCAGAAUCAAGACGAAAGCACGACUGUGUGAUUUGCUUUGAGAAUGAAGUUAUUGCUGCCCUAGUUCCAUGUGGCCACAACCUCUUCUGCAUGGAAUGUGCCAACAAGAUCUGUGAAAAGAGAACGCCAUCAUGUCCAGUUUGCCAGACAGCUGUUACUCAGGCAAUCCAAAUUCACUCUUAA